CUGCAAAACAUCUUUCGUUUGUCACCUUUACUUGUCCACCUCAAAUUCUCUUGUUACUUGAUCAGAAAAAAUGGGGUCCAUGUUCCUCAAUUCUCCUUUACCCGCAUCCAAUAAACUGAUAAGAGUGUCCAGUAAGUGCGACUGGUGCUUUUUGAGGUGGAGGAAGAGGAACGUUGUUGUAUAUUGCCAAGGUGGUGGAGGAAAGGCGAUAAGGUCUAGUGGGUUUCCUUCUGUUUUAACAGAAAGAUCAGCGGUGGUUAGUGAUCAGGAGCAUAUUGCUUCUGUUAGGGAUGCAGGAAGCUUGGUUUUGUCUCCAAAUGAAAAGGGGCAACCUGAAAUUGCUGUUGAGGACUUUGUGCCUUAUGGUGGACCAACUAGCUCUUCUUUGUUGGAGAUGCAAGAUGGUAUUGGCAUUGUCAAAUUUCUUAGAGGGAAAGGGCUCUUCAUUAGUGGUGCAACUGGCUUUCUAGCCAAAGUUCUUAUUGAGAAGAUUUUAAGGACCAUGCCUGAUGUGGGCAAGAUAUAUGUUCUGAUUAAGGCAGAAAGCAAGGAAGCUGCAAUUACAAGAUUGAAAAACGAGAUAAUAAACGCAGAGCUAUUCAAGUGUCUCAGACAAACCCAUGGAAAAUCCUACCAAUCUUUCAUGUUGAACAAACUAGUCCCCGUGGUAGGAAAUGUCUGCGAAUCCAAUCUCGGGUUAGAAGAAGAUUUAGCUGACAAGAUCGCUAAUGAAGUUGACAUAAUCGUCAAUUCAGCAGCUAAUACAACUUUUGACGAAAGGUAUGAUGUUGCUAUUGAUGUCAACACACGAGGAACUUGCCACCUCAUGAGCUUUGCAAAGAAGUGCCCGAAACUCAAGCUUUUCUUACAAGUGUCAACAGCUUAUGUUAAUGGACAAAGACAAGGAAGAAUUAUGGAGAAGCCAUUCCUUUUUGGAGACUGUAUAGCUAGGGAAAACUUAAUCAUCUCUGAUAGCACGCCAAGAUUUGCACCCGCAUUGGAUAUCGAGCAUGAAAUGAAUCUGGCCUUGGAUUCCAAGGAAGCUUUUCAAGAAAAUGAAGUGGCUCAAAAGAUGAAAGAGUUGGGUUUAGAAAGGGCAAGAAAAUAUGGGUGGCAAGACACUUACGUAUUCACCAAGGCUAUGGGGGAAAUGGUGGUUGAUAACAUGAGAGGAGACAUACCAGUUGUCAUCAUUCGACCUAGUGUUAUUGAGAGCACUUGCAAAGAGCCAUUCCCUGGAUGGAUGGAAGGGAAUAGGAUGAUGGAUCCUAUUGUUUUGUACUACGGGAAAGGGCAGCUCACAGGUUUUUUAGUAGACCCAAAUGGGGUCCUUGAUGUGGUUCCAGCAGAUAUGGUGGUUAAUGCAACAUUGGCAGCAAUGGCUUGGCAUGGGAUGGAGCAAAAACCAGACAUCAAUGUCUACCAAAUCGCUUCAUCUGUUGUAAAUCCACUUGUUUUCCAGGACCUGGCUACGUUGCUCCAUGAACACUACAAUUCCUCUCCAUACAUGGACUCAAAUGGCCGACCAAUCCAAGUUCCAUCAAUGAAGCUCUUCAGCUCCAUGGAAGAGUUCUCUGCUCAUCUUUGGAGAUAUGUCACCCAGCGAAGUCGGCUAGCGGGAAUGGCCACAUCGGACAGGAAGUUGUCACAAAAACAUGAAAACAUAUGCAGAAAAUCAGUGGAACAAGCCAAGUACCUGGCCAGUAUAUAUGAGCCAUACACUUUCUAUGGUGGAAGGUUUGAUAAUAGCAACACUCAGAAACUGAUGGAGAGAAUGUCAGAAAACGAGAAGGGGAUAUUCGGAUUCGACGUGGGAAGUAUUGACUGGAGAGAUUACAUUACAAAUGUUCAUAUCCCAGGCUUGAGGAGGCAUGUCAUGAAGGGGAGAGGAAUGUGUGGCUGAAUACCAUGUAACUUUGUCAAAACCUUGUCAAGCACUCACUGCAACUGCAACUAAUUGUAAUAAUAAGCUUCUUAGCAUUCCUUUUUCUUUUUUCUUUUCUUUUUUCUUAUGAAACGGAGAGUAUCAUGAAAGGGAGGUAUACUGUUCCUUUUUACAUGUAAGAUCAUCACUGUAAACCAAACAGCACAUUGAAAUUUGCU